CAUGGCCGACACGACUGCGUGUUGAUAAACCGAGAGCUCCGAGGGAGAGAAAGUGAAGGUUUUUACACCACCGGGAACGUGUGGAAAUGCCGGUAUGCAACUUCUUCCUCCAGGGCCGGUGUCGGUACGGCGAGAAAUGCUGGAAUGAGCACCCGAGAGGAGGGAGCAGAGGAGGAGGAGGAGGAGGAGGAGGAGGAGGAUACAACGACAGCUACAGCCGCUCCUCCGGCCAGCACCAAGCCAGAGGAGAAGGAGGUUUCAGGAACAGAGUGUGGGUGAAUCCCUCUCAGCAGAAAGGAGGUUACAUCCAGCCUUCCUCGUUCUCUUCCCAUGGAAGUAAUGACUGGGGCCGAGGAGGAGGAGGAGGAGGAGGAGGAGGAGGAGGAGGGAGAAGAGACGAUGUGAAGAGCUCCGAAUUCAGUUUUUCUUCUCAGAACAGAUAUUCAGUGUUUAAUUCCCCAAGCACCUUUGACAGGGGAGGACGGGGUGGGGGAGGAGGAGGUGGAGGAAGAUCUGCUGGUGAUGAAGAUGAUGACAAAAAACUGGAACUCAUACAGUUGGACAUGGACACCUGGGAGCGUUCCAGACAGUGGCCCUUCUCCUGUUAUUCUAACCUCAAGAAUGCCUUGUCGGGAUUUAGUGAUCUCUCCCCAGAAGAGCUGAGACUGGAGUACUACAUCUCAAGAGCUUCUGGGGAUUUACAGUCCUAUGUAAAUGGUGUCAAUCAGUUGCUGAGUCAGUGGAACAGACGAGUUCAAGAAGUGAAGACUAUGGAUUCAAGUACUCGUGCAGCGGUGCUUGCAGAACUGAAUGGUGCGGCACCGCAGCCAUCUUCAAGUGGCUUCGGUUCUGCCGCAGCAGCUGGGUUUGGAUCUUCUGUGGCCAGCUUUGGAAGCAAAGGCUUUGGAAGUCCAGCAGCUCCCCAGGCUGACGGCUUCAGAAAUUCUGGAUUUGGUUCUGCAGCUGCUCCAGGUUUUGGGGGCGGCAUGGCGACUUCCACACAGCCACCGUCCGGAUUCGGCGGCUCUUCUGCUCCUUCGGCUUCCGAGUUUUCAUUCGCUGCUCCAACCUCCAACAAACCUGCAUCUGCUCCGGGGUUUGGAUCUGCUGCUGGGUUCAGCUUCGCCUCCUCAACGAACACCGGCGGAGGUUUUGGAAGCGGUUUCGGACCUCAGGCUUCCGCAGCAUCAGGAAGCAGCAGUGUUUUCGGACAGCCGAGUGGAGGGUUUGGCAGCAGCAGCAGCAGCAGCAGCAGCACAGCUCCACCUGCACAGGGAGCUAGGUCUGCUGGAGGGGCAUCGGACAAUCUGUUUUCACCAGAGGACAAGCUCAGCGAGGAAGAACUGAAUCAGUUCAAGGCCAGAAGAUUCACCCUCGGUCAGGUUCCACUGAAACCUCCACCGGAAAACAUGCUGGUGAUAUAACACUUUGGGAAAAGCUCCACAAUGUUUUCAUCUUUGUAGUGCAUUUGGUUAAACAAGUGUUUUAUGCAUAUUUUAAGAAUAUGAUUAUUGUUAAGAUACUUUAUUAUUUAGAUACACUUGUUUUAAUAGAUGAAAAGUCAACAUUAUGCUACACUGUACAAUGAGCAAAGUACAUUUAAAACCGUCUGCAUAUUUGUCAUUAAAUGGCAAUUUUGUUUUGGUUUGUAAAAUUUUCUUGUUCAUGGACAGAAGUAAAAAUAAUACAUAAUUACUUAACUUAAAGCGCAGCUAUAUAUCUAAUGGAGAAGUAAUAAUGCGCUUUUUUAAACAAAGUAUGUGUGCAGGCUUUGAAUUGUACUAAAUCUUAUUAAAAACUCUUGUGUAUUGAAUUAUGCCUUUAUGGUUUUUAUCUCAGAUUCAGUGGAGUGAGAAAUGAUGCAGUCAUGUUUAUUAUCCUCACUUAGGAAUUCAAUGUUGCACAGUGGCGCAAUUAAUAAAGUGGUAAAGUCACAAU